UGAGUCGAAAUUUCUCCUUCACCUCCCUUUCUAGAUCUAUGGCUUUUCCACUCUUCCCCUUCCCACGAAAAAUCAAAAUUGUCACCGACCUCACCCCCUCAUCUCGCGUCACAGACCUUCCCAAACUCUGCCAUCUCCGGCUCUCUUCCGGCUCCAUCAUCGACCUCACCCCCUCUCAACCGGCUCCGUCUACGCCUUCUCUCCGUUGCCGGAAUACAGUGACUCCGCCCGCCGAUAGUCCGAAACAACAGUCUAAGAGCCCCAGAUUCUUCCACAGCUCACAGCCUUCUUCUCCGCGUUCUCCUUCCGCUUUUUCUCUCCUCAAAUCCAGCCUCCGUCUUUCUAAGGGAUAUAACUGUUUGUGGUGCGGACUAGCUUAUCGAAAAUGGCUGAAAGGUCUGGAGAAUGUGGAGUGAUGGUUGCUUCUUUUGUAGAACACCUGUUAAUGGGAAAGCCGUUGAUUCUAGGUUGUGAAUAUGCAAACAUGUGGAACAAGAGAUGUGAAUACGUUGUUCGUUUGUGGCGAUUGAAGAAGGGGGAGGAAGCAUAGAAAUUGUUAUUAAUGUGUGAAUGUAUUUUUGUGGGUUGGUGAAACCUUGAUAGGUGAAACACAACCGUUGAAAC